AUGUCAGACGAACGCGAGCACGCGCAGCGACACAACCACUGGAACGCACUUGACAAGGUGGCGGCUGACAAGGACGACACGGCGGCGGCCCAGAGCGCGGGGCUGCUGUUUGAGACGGCGCUGCUGGAGAGCGGCUACAGCCUGGAGGACCCCAAGGACUUUGUGUCCCGCAUGUACAAGGUACUCCAGGGGGAGCUGGGGGUGGCGGCACUGGAGGUUGAGCCGGAGGACGAGAGCGAUCUGGGGGGCAGCAGCGGCGGCGGCAAGGACGAGGGGAAGAAGGGCGGGAAGGACGAGGAGGAGGAGGACGAGGAGGAGGAGGAGGCGGCGGCGGAGGACAGCGGCGUGAAGGUCGAGCUGUGA